UCGUCGAGUCCAGUAUUUUUACCCAGUGUUUCUAUAACUCCCAGAACUACUGCAAGUCACAUCUCGGAAAUAAAAAAAAAUCACAAUUUCAUCCCCCACAGUGAAUCACCGAACAGUCAAAAUAAUUCGCUCACGGAUAAUCAUGGAGGCGUGUAAUACGGUUGAGCGUGAGCUCGACAAGGUAUUGCGUAAAUUUGAUGAUAUCAAUGAGAAGGCUGGUGAAGUGUUGAGUGAUUUGAUCAAUGAGAUUGAGACGUUGAAACGAGAGUUGGAGGAAGCUCCACCUGAACAAGAGCUGACACCGAGUCAAGUGCAAAUACUCAAGCAAGCUAUGAAGAAAGUGCGUGACACUGUUCAGGAUUUGGCUACUAAUCAUCGUGAGUCUCACAGCACAGUCUCCAAGGUUGGAAAGGCUAUUGACAGGAAUUUCAUUGCUGAUUUUGCUAGCACGAGUAGGGAAGAUGUGUUCAACAGUGCCGAGAAGACACAUCUGUUGAAUCAAGUCAUUUGUCAGCAUUUUUAUCGUCAAGGAAUGUUGGAUAUUGCGGAUGAACUCGCUGCUGAAACCGGAAUAAAGACUGAUGAAGGAAGGAAAGAGCCAUUCACAGAACUGAACUACAUACUCGAUUGUCUAAAGCAGAGGAAUCUCGAGCCAGCCUUGGAAUGGACUUACAACCACAGAGAUGCACUCCUCGCCCAAAAUUCAUCCUUAGAAUUUAAACUUCAUAGACUACAAUUCAUAAGACUAGUGGAACAGGGUCCCAGCAGUCAAGCUGAGGCUGUUAUGUACGCACGAAAACAUUUAACGCAAUUUGUUAAUCGUCAUGAGAAGGAGGUGCAGUCCUUGAUGGGGACCCUGUUGUAUCUGCCCAAUGGAAUACAGGCGUCACCCUACAGUCAUCUAUUGGAUCCAACAUUAUGGCUGGAUAUUCACGAUGUUUUUACCAAAGAGGCGUGCACUUUGUUGGGCCUGAGUGUGGAUAGCCCAUUGUCUGUGUGUGUGAACGCAGGAUGCACAGCACUGCCUGCAUUACUCAACAUAAAGCAAGUAAUGCAGCAGAGACAAGUCACUGGAAUUUGGAAUGGAAAGGACGAGCUUCCAAUUGAAAUAGACUUGGGCAAACAGAGUCGUUACCACUCGGUCUUCGCCUGCCCCAUAUUACGUCAACAGAGCACUGAGAAUAAUCCCCCAAUGAAAUUGGUGUGUGGUCACGUGAUAUCCCGAGAUGCACUUAAUAAAUUGACGAACUCAAACAAGAAUCAAUUCGUUUCCAGACUCAAGUGCCCGUACUGCCCCGUGGAGCAAAAUCCAGAGGACGCAAGACUCAUUUACUUCUGAACUGCGAUAUUAUUGUUGGAAUAAAUCAAUAUUUAUCGGUUUACAAUUGAAGUUUUUCACGAAAUUCUUCGAUUUUUGGAAAUUAAGAUUGAAAAAAAUUAUUUGGACACGUAUUUUUAGCAUAACGAAAUACGUAUCCAUUAUUUUUUCACGUUUCAUCUCUUAUUCAGUGAAAGAAUUUCGUGCAAAGCCCAAUUGUAUAAUAAAAAUUGUAGAAAGUUAUGUUUAAGGAGACAGCAGAGCAGAACAGAAAGGAAGUCGAUAAUUUUAUAGUUUCGUACGAAUUCUUCAUUUCAUAUUAGUUGGAAAUUUUAGAGAUAUAACGAAUGUCCUAGGGCCAUUAGUUUAUAAUUAAACUUAAUUAUAAUGUGUUGAGUUUACCAGCUAUUGUGAAGGGGACUCGUUAGAUUUUUAUUGAACUCACCGACCUUCGUAAUGUUUUGUAAGUGAUAAUGUAAGGAUAGUCAAUGGAUUUCAAUCGAAAUGUGUAAUGAGAAAUUUUAUAAGCCACGCUGAAUAGUGUGCUGAGAUAAAUCUUUAAGUAAUAAAAUGUGUAAAACCA